AUGGCCACACCGCAGACGACGCAAUCGCUGUGCCAUCCGAUCGGCCAUUGCCUCGGCGAGAAACACUUCGGCAUGAUGCCGAACUAUUUGAAGGAUCCGAACAAAACGAUUGUGAGGGAUACUUUCGUGCCGCACUUGAAGCUUGCGUACAGUCCCCUAAAGUACUACCUGAGCAAGUUGCAGCUGUGGCAGCUGCGCUGGACCUGGGACCGCGACUUCCGGCAGGACGACUUUCUGGAGCAGACCAAGGAGCUGGCCGUCAAACUGACGGACAUGGUCCAACUGCGGGACAAGGCCAAUAUGUCCGACGACUUUUACACUUCAAAUGUGACCUACCAGAUGGCCAGCGAGGCCAUCAAACUGCCCCACGAGUGCUGUGCGGAUCUAAUGCGCUUCCGCCGCGAGGACAUACAGAAGGCUGUGCCCGUCGAUGUGAAGUUGUACAACAUUUUUGGGCUGCGCUAUGCAGUCGUCGAUGUGGCCAUGCUUGGCGUACGGGACGUGGCCGACCAUGAGACGCCGGCGGAUCUGGAGUCCAUGAAGCAGGCGCUGAUCCAGAUGGAUCCUCACUUCAAGGCACAGCUGUCCAAGCCCGAUUGCCCUCUGCCGCACGUGUUCAUCGAGCUCUUCCUGCGCUUCCGUCGCAACUAUUCCAAGCCUCACAUGAUGUCCGCCGAGGAGCAAAUGGACGAACCGAACCGCUGGAUCGUCACCACAUACAAGAUUUGCAAAUUCCAUGUUUUCACUGCACCGCCAGUACUAUAA